UACCAGAGAUGGCCUCAAAAACACCCGAGAUGGCCACAAACGAGUUCAAAUUGCAGUACAAACGAUUUAGAGCGAAGAAAAGUCAGUUCGAUCUAACUGAUGUAAUAGAUUUCUCUCUACCUCAUCAAUACAGUUUGAUUGAGAAAUGGAAGAAAACUUUUGAAGUCUCCUCGCAACGGAAAUCAGUCGAUAGUGAAACUGAUUCAAGAUCUCGAGCGGCCUGUUUUGGAUUGAAGAGUCCGGAGACUUGGCAGAUUUACCAAAUCUCUUCAAAUCCCGGAUUUUUGUACAUUGUUAAUCCUUUCUCUGAUGGCAGUCAGUAUUAUUGGUGUCAGCGAUGUGUCUUAGACUACCCCUGCUUGCCUAAUGUUUGCAAUCUUGAUGCACACGUCAGCCGCUCAAAGCAAAGCUUUUGGGAUGUUCAUCGAUCUAUAAAGGAAAGUGGCUCAUUGCUAAGUGACUCACCUCUCAUGAAACUACACUGGGUUACUCUUGGAUAUCAUUAUGACUGGGACAAGAAGGUAUAUCACAAGGACAUAAAGUCAGAAUUUCCAGAUGACUUGGCUGGAUUGUCGCAUUUUGUUGCCGAAACUGUGGGAUUCUUAGACUUUAGACCAGAAGCAGCUAUUGUGAAUUUUUAUCACAUGGACUCUGCUAUAGGUGGGCACACUGACCAUUCAGAGUUUGACUUGUCUGCUCCUCUGCUCUCAUUCAGUUUUGGGCAGGAGGCAAUCUUUCUGCUUGGAGGAGAAAGUCUUUUUACUAAGCCUGUGGCAAUCCGAGUAAGAAGUGGAGAUAUAAUGGUUAUGUCUGGUGCAAGUCGACUUUGCUACCAUGCGGUGCCUAGAAUAAUGAGAAACGUUAAUUGUAGUUAUGGGCCAUCAGCUGGUGAUAGUCUUGCAUUGCCUGGUUGUUCACUGUCUUGCAGUGAUGGCGUUGACUCUUUGUUGUUGCACUGCUCUCCAUCUGGUUGGCAGGGAGUAGGACAAGAUUCACAGCUUUUGAUUGAUUACAUGCACAAUUCUAGAAUUAAUAUUAAUGUUCGGCAAGUUUUAUCUACAAAUGGGACAUUUCCUUCUGAAGAUGUUUGACUUUGUAGGUAAUAUCUAGGAUUAGUUUUAUUUGUCCACCUUAAUUUCUUAUAUAAUGUUAUUGUAGAUAUAGAGAUACAAAUGGCAUGGUAACGUGACCAUCUUCAGUCUACUUUCUAAAACAGGCAGAGUUUAUGUAUUAAUCCUGUGUGCAAUGCAAAUAUAUACCCCGGGUAUAUUUAUUAUUGUUAUU